AUGACCCUCCAUGACCUCCACAGCUGCCCUGUCCCCAUGACCCCGGAUGACCUCGUGACCCCCAUCCCCCCCCCCCCGUGUCACCCGGUGCAGCAGGGGGCGCUCUGUGGGUCCGCCCGCCGCCAGGGGGCGCUGCCGCGCGUGACACCGGCCUCGGCGGACGCGCCCUCCGUACAAGCCCCGCCCCGAGAGUUCCGGUUCCGGGUGCGGCCCGCAGCGAGCGGUGCGGGAGGGGAGCGGCUUGGCGGGGACAGAGGGCAAAGCCCCGCCAUGCUCCGCUCGCUGUUCUCCUUCCUGCGCCGCCGCCCCCCGGUGCCCCCCCCCCGGCGCCAGGCCCCGCUGCCGCUGUGGCAGCGCGCGCUGGUGGCGGGGGGGGCGGCGGGGGCCGCGGCGGGUGCGUGGCUGUGGCUGCGGCAGCGCCGGGAGCAGGAGCGGCAGCGGCGGCGCCGGGAGGCGCUGCGGGGCCUGGCCCUGACGCACGCCGACUUCCGGCUGCGGGACCAGACGGGGGCGCCCCGGGCCAAGAGCGACUUCCGGGGGCAGUGGGUGCUGCUGUACUUCGGAUUCACGCACUGCCCGGACGUGUGUCCCGCCGCGCUGGAGCGCAUGGGCCGGGCCGCGGCCGCCCUGGAACGGGACCCGGCGCUGCCGCCGCUGCAGCCGCUCUUCGUCACCGUGGACCCGGAGCGCGACGACGAGGCCGCGCUGCGCCGCUACCUGCGCGACUUCCACCCGCGCCUGCUGGGCCUCACGGGCUCCGCCGAGGACGUGCGCGCCGCCGCCGCCGCCUUCCGCGUGUACGCGAGCGCCGGACCCCGCGACGCCGACGGGGACUAUAUCGUGGAUCACAGCGUGCUCAUCUACCUGCUGGGGCCCGACGGGCUCCUGCUCGACUGCUACGGCAGCGGCAAGAGCGCGGAGGAGCUGGAGCGCAGCGUGCGGGAACACAUGCGCACGUACCAGCCCCUGGAAUAAAGCACCGGCGGCACACGUGUGAGUGCUGGGGCAUGGGGGCUGACACCCCCCGAGGGGGUGGUUAUGGGGGAAACAUGGACUCUGACAACCCCA